AUGUCGAACAAGCGAAAGCUGGAGCUCGCCUUGGAUCAAAUGGCGGGAGAGCACCAGCGCGCGCAUCGACAGGCUGCCGCUCGAUCUGGAGAUGCGAACGAGGAUCGGGCGCGAGCAUCGGCCAGGAUGCACAAAGCAAAGAAGGCGAGAUUUGAGACGGCAAAUGUGAAUGUGAAUGAUGGCAAGGCUGGGAAAGGCAAUGGCAAGGCUGGCAAUGGCAAUGGCAAUGGUAAUGGUAAUGAUAAUGGCAAUGGCAAUUCGUCCCAAGCGACCGCGGAACCUGCCAAGCUGCAGCUGUCAAAAGCUUCCACCAAGCACCAGCCACGCUCGAAAUCCUCACGCCAUCUCUCUCAAGCCGGUUCUUCCAGAUCCUUCAGCGACACCUUGCCCAGCUCUCUGGAUCUCAACCAACACCUCGAAUCUCACGCUUCCCAGAUCCGCACCAUCUCGGUCCAGCUCAAGACUGGUCGAGGGUCUUCCGCUACUCGAGCUUGGCAAAUGCUGCCUCGCGCAGAGAGGAGGAGAGCAGCUUCUCAUAAUCUUUUGGCCUUGCCCAAGAGGCUGAGGGGUAAAGGAGCGAGCGAGUUGAAGAGCUCUAAUACGACAGCUACGACGAGGAAAGAAGUGAGGAAGAGAAAGGGAAUGAGCGGGAGUACGGGCGGAUAUCCUCGAGUGAAGGAGAGGAGAAGAAGAGAAAGAUUGAGGGGCAGAGCAGGGGACGAGGCUGCCAUGUCAUCCGCAGCUGGGGUGGGAGGUGAGAUCAAAGGCAAAGGCAGAUGGUUGGAGACGCACCUUUGGCAUGCCAAACGAUUUCGGAUGACAGGCGUGGAAGACAAGGUGGUCCGCAAUCCUCAAGCAGCCCAUGAUCCAAGAGGAGUAGAAUACAGUGGUGUCUCGAGCGUCACAAGGAGCAGGUGGGGCUACAAUUUGGCCGAACAGCCGAGCAGCAAAGGCUUCAAAGCUGCCAUCAAGGCAUGUAAAGAUGGAGUAGCGGUGCACGAUGCCAGCUAUUGGCAAAGCGUACGCGUGGGCUAUCGUUUACGAGGACGCUCGGUCUCGCAAGGAAAAGAAGCGAGGAUGAAGCUUGCGCAAUUGCUUCGUGAAAGCGGACUGGAUCUCGAGUCGGACGAGCUGGAUGCAAGAGCAACCUUUGCUACUCUUACGGAACAGAAAAAGCAGUACGUUGCCCCUGUCACUUUGCUAUGGGUGCAGCCAACGGACUCGAGGGGUGUUGCAGACGACGCAGAUGCACUCUCGUUAUCAUCGCCCCCCCUUGGGCAAGCCUCGGGUCGAAUUUCGGAAAGGGAAGCGAUGCAGGUGGAUGACCAGCCGCCAGACAUUCCAAAUGCACGAACGCUGGCUGCGAGCGAGGCGCACACCGCUGAGGCAGAGGUCAUCUUGCUAGUUCAUCCUGCCGGACUGGCCUCUUUACGCACAGCGCUCACGAGCUCCAUCACUCUGCAGCGGAGACGAAUCCGUCAAGAGAGGCAAAGGAGGAGACGAGCACCCACGGCGUCGUCGGCUCUUGUGCCCUCUUCGUCCGACUGUUUGGCCGAGCUACCUGAAGUGGAACAGGACGAGCACGUGUAUAUGCAGCUUCUCAGGCCCGCUUCUCCUGCCCUUUGUGCCAAGUCGGACAGCAAGGGACGGAAACACGGCACAUUGAGUCAUUUCAAGCUGGACCAAAAGCUGAGGAAAAUGGCAUCCAUCUCUGCACAGAGAGACGAGCAGGAGGGACAGAAAAGCCGAAUGGAGGGAUACAAUAUGUUCCAGCUAUCUGGUCCCCGAUCCGGGAGAUUGUUGGGAAGCAUAUUGAAGCCCGUAGCUCGCACAAGUCCGGACAAAAAGCACGCGUUCAAACUCAUCUGCUCGGUGUUGAAACCUGAUCAGAUCCGAAGAGGUACGAUGCUGGGAUUACAGGUGCAUGAUCCAAGAUUGCGCAACCCUAGCACCGUGAAGAAGGAGGUUUUGGAUCGUAGAAAGAUGCAGCAGGCGGCGGGAGCACUCGAGGUGAUUUGGGACAGACCAAUGGGACAAGGGAAGGAGAGAGAGGACGAUGAGGAUCAGCGGAGAUGUGCUUCGGUUAGCGCGACAUUGGCCCAGACAGAUCUGCUUAGUCAGGGAAACGAGAUGCCAAGAGUGUCCAAAGGAGAAGUGGACUCGCUUAAAGCUCGCGUGAGUGUUGAGGCGUGUCGGCAUUGCGCUUUGCGCGUACAUGAAGUGGAGAUUGAGCUGAACCGACAUGUUGUCUUGCCUCAGAAUCUCAUACCGGGCACCCCGCUCACUCCAUCAUCGACGACCCAAAUCGUCUCUAUUGCGAUCAUAGCGCAUCGAGAUCCUGUGCCCGGCUACACCCUCUUGGUUCCUCGGGGCUGGGGCCGAGCCUUCUUCCACUCGCUGGUUCAUUCCAAACCAGUCGUGCUGUGUCUCUCCUCCCUCGCCUCCCUAUCUUCCCAAUUCGCCAGGCCCGUCUUUCCCUUUGAUCAUCCGGGAUGCGAAGCGUACAAUGCAUGGGAGAAGCAAGAGGUGGGAAGAGAGAAGGCAAAGUGGUGCAGGACACCGAUGGGCAAGAGAGUCAAUUGGGAGAGUGUGGGGACUAGAUUUGCUUGGGGAGGAGAAGGCCUUUGGAAAGCUUGUGUGCAAGAGAGCUGGAACAGGACUGCGCUCAUGCCUCGGAAGAAGGACGAAGAGAUCCAAGUUCGCCUUCUGCCACCCGGCAAGGCUUUCAAACGCACGGAGCGCUACGGAAAGCACGAUGCCUCUUUGAGACAUGUCAGCAUAAGUGCGAUCAGGAGAGGUCAUUUCGGGCCUUAUACAGAAAUACACAUGCUCACACUUGAAGAGCAGAAAGUUUGGCGAAGGGCUCUGCUGGACGCGCCCAAGGAUGCGCAGCUCGAUUUGGAGGCAGAAGAUGCCGCAGAGCCCGUCGUAGAUCCGCGCAUAGCGAAGCGUGGCGCUAGCAAAGAUCAGAGUGCUCUGAGACAGGUGAGCGAUGGCUAGCGCGUACACCCUCGCAUGUCACGACGAGUUCUGCAGUGCCAAAUCUCAUCAUGCAUACGUCUCUCUCAUUUUGUGUCAAAUCAGCUCGAACAAUCUCACCGAGAUGCAUCAAAUUCCCUCAUGGGCGCUACGACUUCGGGCACAUUCUCCUUGGCAGAGGGCAAAGCUUGUGCGGUUGGCGUCAUAGCGAGCGUUGCGGUGCGCGAGCUGCAAGAGAGAGCUGCGGCUUUGCGGGUAGAGCAAGAAGAGCAGCAGGUGGAUGCAGGUCAACAAGCCACAGAGGACGAAGAGCACUUGAUGGGAAUGGAAGGCGCAGAUGCCUCAGUCGAGGGUGAAGCGGGCAAGAUCCAAAUCAGGCCAUGUGCAAAGUCUAACGGCGCAGCCUACCUCGUCCUCACAAAGGAAAGGCAAAGCUCGGCGUGGAGGGCCGCGGAGCUCAGACUGCUGUAA